AUGGACGAAAAGGCAGACGAAAAGGGCAACGGCCGAGAGGAGCAAAUUCCCGCGCCGUUUCCCCCUCCAACCAGCCCGGAAGAAAAGGACGCCACCAGCGGUGACCAUGUCUUCAUCCCACCCGACGGCGGCUUGACCGCCUGGCUGCAGGUCCUCGCCAUGCUGCUCAUCAGCAUGGUUUCAUGGGGCUCCCCGUCCGCAUUUGGCGUCUAUCAGCUGUAUUACAAGGAUACCCUGAAAAUCUCGCAAUCACAGGUCUCGUGGAUCGGCUCUGUCCAGUUUCUCCUCACCUAUGGCAUGUGCACCGUGUCUGGCAGGCUUGCGGACGCCGGCUACAUUCACUCGACCGUCGCCGUCGGCGCGUUUCUUGUCGUACUGGGAACCUUCAUGACGAGUCUCGGCACCCAAUACUGGCAUUUUCUUCUAUCUCAGGGCUUAUGCGUCGGUUUUGGGCUUGGUACCAUGUUCAUGCCGCCUCUAGCCGUCGCAACCUCAUACUUUGACAAGAGGCGCACAAUGGCCGUUACUUGUGCAGCAACAGGCACCGGAAUCGGCGGUGUCGUGUUUCCAGCCAUCAUUCAAUAUCUCAUUCCCAAAGUUGGGUUUCCCUGGGCGGUUCGUGUCUCUGCAUUCGUCGCGCUGGUGGCGGCUGGUACUGCCCUGUUGCUACUUCGUCCUCGUCUGAAGCCGCGCAAAUCUGGUCCCCUCGUUGAGUGGUCUGCCUUUCGCGAGAAACCGUACCUUUUCUUCGCGAUCGGGGCAUUCAUGCUCUACUGGGCGUUAUUUUUUGCCUCAUUCUAUAUCAACAGCUUUGCUCGAAACAUCCUGGGAUUCUCCACGUCUGACUCGAUUCAGCUGCUGCUCAUUUCCAACGGCAUGAGUGUUCCUGCUCGACCACUGAUUGGCUUCGUUGCCAAUCAACAUUUCGGGGCAAUGAAUACAUACAUUGUCGUCACGGCGAUAUUCGCUGGCCUGAUGCUGGCUUGGAUCGCGGUCCAUGAUCGGGUUGGGAUGUAUAUUUUCACCGUGUUUUUUGGCCUUGCCAAUGGCUUAUGCCAGGGCAUGUUUCUCGGUGCCCUCGCAAGCCUGACGCAAAACCCGACCAAGAUGGGAAGCCGGUCAGGCACCGUUCAUACCAUCGUCGCAUUUGCUACACUUGCUGGACCACCUACGGCCGGCGCCAUCAUUGAUCGAUCUGGCGGGAAUUACACCAACGCUCAAAUAUGGGGUGGACUGAUGAUUUUUAUCGCAGCAGGGUUUUUCACCGCGUCACGGCUCUCCAAGACAGGAGCAGUUCUACGAAUCAAGAUAUAA